AUGACGUGCGCGUGCGGUGGACUGGAGAGUCGAGCGUGUAGACCGGGGAAGGGCUCCCGCGGUGGACGCAUGCAGUACGCGAGCGGGCUCGGUUGCUUCUUCCUUUCUCCUCUCCCGUAUGGGUAUAGGAAUCACCCAUCCAUUCCCUUGGUGGGGAUUUUCCCCGUACGAGGGCACCGUUGGCUGUUGCGCCAUGGGCACCAACUACUGCUGAAUAUCAAAACCGCGAGGAGCCAUGGCUGCAGCCGAGCGGCGGCCAGUCGAGGCCGGAUUCUGCGGCUACGGGACGCAGGGCGCCGAGUAGCACGGUGCGGGCGCUGGGAGUCGCGUGGGAGCACGACUACAGCACGGCUUUGCCGGCCACGGUGCGGGCGCUGGGAGGCACACGGGAGUACGACCACAACACGACGCUGCCGGCCAUGGUGCGGGUGGGCUAGUGCGAGCGCAACACGAUGCAAGCAGGCGCAGCGCACGACCGGCGGACGUGCAGAUGGGCGGCGGGCGCGUCGCGACGCGUGCGGGGAGAGGUGGGCGGCCUCGGCGCAUGCGAGCGUGGCGCGGCGCGCGACCUCGGUGCGGGUGGGCGCGUCGCAAGGGCGAGGCCUCGGCCUUGCGGGCGGCGACCUCGACCUUGGCGAGGCGGCGGUUCUCGGCCUUGCGGGCGGCGGCCUCGGCCUUGGCGAGGCGGCGGUUCUCGGCAUCCUCCUCGCGUGGCGCGGGCGCGUGACACAGGCGGCUGGGAGGGUGUGGCCAGAGGCGGUCACGGCCUGGCGUUGCCGGCCACAGCACGGACGGGCGAGGGCGAGCGCAGCCAGGUGGCGAGGCCUUGAUGCGGCCGAAGUGGCGGGAAUCCAGGCGGGCACUUCAGGAUGCGGCGGCGCCGGUGCCUGCGCGGGCUGAUUCAAGGGCCCCCAUCAUUCUGGUGAUGGCGACGGGGAUCCAGGCGGCGCCGAUUCCAACCUCCACGUCGGAAGCGGCGGAGUCCGCCCAAACCAUGAGGCGAUAGCCAGCAACGAAGCAGCGGCGACGACCUUUGUCGCGAAGAAGGCGAAGAAACAGAGUCGCCAGGCAUUAUCUAUUCCUCACAUUCUGCCUUCUUUUCGUCGGAACCGCUUUCGCUGGAGAGCAGUGUUGAUAACGUGUUUCGAUUCGAGAUGUAAAGCGAGCGAGAGAGAAAGAAAUGAAUCAACUCUUGUCUUAUUCCAUUGAUGUUCAACAUAUUUAUACAAGGAGAAGGGACGCGAUGAAGAGAUGCAUCCGUUCGUGAAGGGGUGUGUGGUAUGUCGGUUGCCAUUCUACUAACCGACAUAGAUUAUUACAUGGGAGGAUUAUCCCUUUUAUUUAAUCUACUAAUUAAAUCCUAA